UCAAAUACCUACUCUCUCUUGCCAAAGGCUCUCGACGCCACUGCAGGCUGAGGAAACCUAAAACAGGUCAGUAGCAAAAGACUUCGAUACAAGGUCUUUUUUAAAAAAAAAAAAUCAGACCUUCAGAUGAUGCUAAUUAAUGCCUAACACCUGCUGUCGGUGGAUUGCUGAGGAAAACUAAAACAGGUGGAUCUUUCCGGUAUGACCAAACUGCUCGGCUAUGUCGACCUGGCAGAUUUCAGCUUUGUGGCUGCGGUCCUGUGCAUCAUCUUUAAUCCCCUUUUCUGGAACCUGGUUGCAAGAUGGGAGCACAAAACCCGCAGCUUGAGCAAAGCCUUCGGCUCUCCGUACAAGGCCUGUUACUGCCUGGGCAUUACCAUCCUGCUACUUAACUUCCUCAGGUCCUAUUGUUUCACCCGAGCCGUGACGAGCCAGCCCAAGUUGGAAGGUCUGGAUUGCCUCGCCGCUUACCACACGGGACUUGUGAUCCUCGGAGUUGGCGUGGUGUUCGUUCUCUCCAGCUUCCUGGCUUUGGGAUUCGUCGGGACCUAUUUAGGAGAUUACUUUGGGAUCUUGAUGGAUGCAAAAGUGACGAAGUUCCCCUUCAAUGUCCUGGAUAAUCCUAUGUACUGGGGGAGCACUGCCAACUACCUAGGAUGGUCCAUCAUGAACGCGAGCCCGACGGGACUUGUGCUGACGGCAGUCGUGGCUGUGACGUACAUGGUCGCGACUUUGUUUGAGGGCUUCUGGAAGUUGAAGAAGUUGACACUCAGAGAACUCGAUAGUUCCGGCAACAAAGAAUUAAAGCACACACAGCAUCGUUAUCUCUGACUUUUCUCCUAGCGAUGGCAAUUUUGUAUUUAUUUUCAUAAAGAAUCAUUUCCUUUCCUUGUAAACAUCUGAUCCUGAGAUGUUGACAUUGCCUCUCUAUUUUUAGAUAACUUGUCUACAACCCUUAACUCCUGUUUACUGGCAGCUUCUAAAAUGACCUGGUUCCCAUGGUAACCCAGGGGGAGUUUCGAUGUAUUAGGGAGCUCAUUUAUGUCAUAACUCAUUAUUGUUUAAUCAAUACUAAAGACCUGAAUGCAGUUCCAGAAUUGGGGCUUCGAACAGGAGAGCUGGAACAUAACCAUUGGUAAUGGACAGCCGCAAUUCGGAAAGGUUUUGUGGACUCUACCCCGCUGCUUAAUCAAAGCUGUUUAUCUUAAACCAGCCCAAGGAGUGCAAGUUGGGUAAAAUAGAGGGUUUUGGCCUCGUUCAAUAAACGUAGGAGGCAUGUAUGGCUCAA